CGGCCGUGGCUUUUCUCGCGUCCCCGCGGCUGCGACAGGGAAGCCGCGUCUGGCCGGGGCCGGCAGCGCCCGCGGCUGCUCCCCAGCAACGCCUCGGGAAGUGAGCUCAGCUCGGCUCCAGCGGACCGGGCCGGGCCCGCCCUGUUCCCGGGCCCCGCUCCGUUCCCGGAUCCCGCACCGCUGCCAUGGGCCAGGCCCGGCUCCCGGCCCCCCGCGGGCUCGGCUGCUUUGUGCUGGUGCUGCUGCUGCUCCUGGGCGGCUCGGGCAGCCCCGGGACAUCGCCGCCGCCCCGGGCGCCCUGGGCGGAGGAGCAGGGAGCCGUCCCGGAGCGGGGGCCGUGGGGCAGGGUGAGGUACGAAGCCGUGAAGAAGCAUUUGGGAGCUCUCUCCAAGCAGUAUUGGCGGUACCUGGCGUGCAGGGUGUGGCAGGAGGGCUGCGAGGAGGAGGAGAAGCAGCAAGAAGAAGGAGAGGCCGGUCCCGUGCCAGGCUGGGGCUUUCCUCUGGUGGGCCAGGAUUACCUGGAGAUCCUCUCUGCCUGGUACUGCAGCUUCGGCAAGUGCUGUGAGACAGGAGACUGCAGGAUAAUCAACAACAUCACAGGGCUGGAGGCAGACCUCAGUGGGCAGCUCCACGGGCAGCACUUGGCCCAGGCCGUGGUGCUGCGGGCGCUGCGGGGGUUCCUGCAGAGCCCACGGCCCCGCAAGGCUCUGGUGCUGUCCUUCCAUGGCUGGUCUGGCACAGGGAAGAACUUUGUGGCUCGGAUGGUGGCCAGUCACCUGUACCGGGACGGGCUGAGGAGUGACUGUGUCAGGGUGUUCGUCUCCCUCCUCCACUUCCCACAUCACAACUACGUGGACUCCUACAAGGCCCAGCUGCAGAGGCAGAUCAGCGAGACCCUGCAGCGCUGCAGGCAGGCCCUGCUCAUCUUCGACGAGGCCGAGAAGCUGCACUCCAGCCUCCUGGACGCCAUCAAGCCCUUCAUGGCUCAGCGCGACAGCAAGGGCCAGACAGAUCAGCAGAGACCCAUCUUCCUCUUCCUCAGCAAUCUUGGUGGCAACACCAUCAAUGAGGUGGCCCUGGACUUCUGGCGAGCCGGCCGGGCACGGGAGGAGAUCUCCUUGGAGCUCCUGGAGCAGCAGCUGCGGCGGGAGCUGCAGGAGGCUGCAGAGAACAGUUAUGCCCACAGCCAGCUCCUCAGAGACAACCUGAUCGAUUUCCUGGUGCCCUUCCUGCCUCUGGAGUAUCACCACGUGAAGCUCUGUGCUCGGGACGCCUUCCUGGCCCGUGGCCUUCCCUACACCGAGGCAACGCUCGACCAGGUGGCCCAGAUGAUGGUGUUUGUCCCCAAAGAGGAGAAGCUUUUCUCUGCACAGGGCUGCAAAUCCGUGCCCCAGCGCAUCAAUUAUUUCAUUCCUUGAACACCAGGGGGACCAGACGUGUGCUGAAGGUGUUCUGCACUCCGGGAGCUGCUCCCUUCACACAGGCUCAGAGGCAGAUGACCCAGCCAGGCACUUGCACAGGGACUUCACAGAGGCUUAAGCCCCCGUUACUCCCAGAGCUGUUGCAGGGAAGGAGGUGCAUCCCUUACUCCUGGGAUGUGGGGACAGCCUGUGCUUGGCUGCUUUUGGAGCCUGUCUGGUGUUCUAAGUCCCUUCUUUUAGCUGGAGGGGUGAUGUGGUUCUAUCAGAUGCUGUUCCAUGUGAGUGGGGACUGGGAAUGUCCAAGUCCUUGUUUUGUUGCUGUGUGGUGAAGGGAGGCCUUGGACAGGCUGGUCCUGUUGGGACAGUGUGGCCAAAGACACAUCCCUGCCCCCAAUUUUCUGUGUCAAUUUACAAGACCACACAGAACUGCUUUGCUGGAGUUGAGGUUUUCCCCUCUGUUGCUCUCUUGCCUUUUUAAGGUGUCUGCUGCUCAGGGACACAUGUGCCAGGAUUGUAGUUUGUGAAGGGAGAAAAGGACUGAAUAAUCUCCUCUGGAGAUGCCAAAUCCAUAGCUCUCAUCUUGGAGUGUCCACCUCUCACUGGAGUCUUCCGUUGUAUGGAAGCAGCUGCGGGGGUGAGGGGAACUUCUGCUGCAAUUGUUUUACUAAGCAGGUUGGUGCAGAGCCCGUUUCCUUCACUGCAAAACCAAAACGGGGAGAGAAUUCCUCUGCCCAAGGGCAGAGGGCAGGUGAGGAGGAUGGUGGCUGAAGCAUCAGGCUGCAGCUGCAUGUGAGUUUUCAUGGAUGCAGUAAAAGCUUGGGUUUUUUCCUUCCUUUUUUUUGUUUUUCUCUUCAGUACAUUUCAUGCUGUGGCUUUUUGGCUGGUAUCAGCAUUAUUGUUAUUAUUAUUAUUACAAGGGGCUGUUUGCUGUCUGGGUACUCGCCAGGUGAUAAGUGUGUUGCAGCAGCUCCAAAAAAUUUCAUCAGUGUUACAGGAAUCACUCUGUGACCUCUGGGUCAAAACUCCCUUCCAACAGGGCUGUGCUGGCGAGCAGUGACACAGCCCCUGCCAAGGACAGGGCUUGGCUUCCCAGCCACCCCCACGGGGACCUUUGCUCUAUUUUAAGCUCUGACCCAUUUUGCAGUGCCAGUGAUGAGCAGUGUGACCUCUGGCAAAGAUUGACCAGACAGACACAUCUGAGCCCUGCAGGCUCUGAGUCCCUGCUGGCUCCGUUACCUGAGGAGGCGUCGCAGUCCCAGCAGAGAUGAGCCAGCUGCUCUCCCACUGCUCAGCCAGUGCAGGUGGCUUAACCCAGCCCUGUGGAAUGGACCUUGGGGCUGUGCCAGCGUGGCUGAUCAGGCAUUUCUGAGACUUGGUUUAUGGUUAAUCUCAGGUGUCAGAAACCUGGGACCCACCGGGGCGAUGCCUCCAGCUGGGCAGGGAGGCUGCUGCCUCACAGGACACAGCUCAGGUUGUGUUUGGUCACCUGGGCACAAAGUUCAGCAAGCUGUGUGCUGAAGGAUAGGAGCCAAAAGGCUGUGUGUGUAAGCCAGGAGCACCUGGGAUUUUUUCUGAAUGUCAAGAAGUGUUCAGCUGGGUUAGGCUGGCACAGGCUGGGUGGCAGGAGGUCGCUGGGGACUGGUUUGAGGUGGACAAGGAGCAGCUCUGGCCGAGGGAGGUGCUGGUGACGCUGACAAGGGCGAGGCCAGGGCUGUGUCACACCUGGGUGAGCUCUGCUCAGCCCCACAACAGCAACAGCUGCUCUCUGACCACGCCAGGGCAACAGCUUGGUUCUAAAUAGAUGCUGCAUAAAUAAAGAUACUGCUUUUUCUGCAACCUGGUGGAAUUAAAUUAUUUCUCUUUUAAACAAUUUUUUCUACCCAAAUGAAAGAGCUUCUGGUUAGAACUCAGCAGCUUCAUAUAUUCAUUAAGGAGGGAAAAAAAAACCCCAGCAUCUACUCGAGUGGUUUUUGCCAAUAAAAUAUUGCAACCUUUAUUUAAAACAAAAUGCAAAUUGGCAAAACUUUGUGGAACGACAGGCAAAGAGGCUCUUCCAAGAGCCUUAUUUACAUCAAGUUUAACACUGUUCGCAGUUCACAGUCAGACGAUAGUGAGAGAAUUAAAUUAGAAAAACAACCAAAAUAUAUUACAAUAACAAUUAAAAAACAAAAACAGUUGACAACACUGCUAAGAGUGAUUGGUGAUUAACGUGAUUCAUUUCAAUCCAUUCCUGCCCUCAACGAGUUCCCUACCAGUACAAAGAGUGCCGUGUGAGCCGAGCAGGCUCCACCCACCUCCCGUGCACAACAGACACAUGGGGAAGAACGAGCUCCUUUGGUACAGACAUUGCUUAGCCUGGAGCUGUGAGAAACAAGUCAGUGUCCCAGAACCUCCUGGAGCUGCUACCAGAGAAUGGCCUGCGGGCUUGCUUCCACACUCCAGGGUCGUGCGGCACCACCCCAGCAGCCUCCACAGCUGCAGCUCCCUUCAGUGUCCCUGCCGGCUCCUGGUGAGCAGCAGGGCUGAGCUGUGUGUCACAGCCUGAUGGCUGUGGAGCCACCAUCCUGCGGAGUCCCUGGUGCCUGUCAGUGCCCUGGAUGCCCCGGAGGAAAAGCCUGCCUCAGGUAAGUGGUAGGACACGAGGGCUGGGAUUGCAGUGUAGCCCACCCACACCUCUGCCUGCUGGGGAGGGGCUGCUCUGUCUCCACUGUGGGGUUUGGCUCCCUGUGCCCCCAGCUCCUCCAAAGCACCCUGACAGAUGUCAACACUCGUGUUUGGCUGUCUCACGCACACAGGACCAGUGGCACCCAGGAGAAAGUCCUGAGGAGGACAAGCACAGCCUCCUCUCUCCCUGCUGUGUUCUGCAUCAGCAACGCUGCUCCCUUCCCUCCCCCUUUCCCACUGGCUGAACUUGGUGCAGUCCCAAGACCCAGACUCUCAGCUUCACCCCUGCCCACACUAAUGAAGAACCUGACUAAAUCAAGUGCACCACUCUGGGGUUAGGAAGGGUGUGCAGUGCAGGAAGAAGAGAGAAUUGCACCUGUGAGUCAGCCAAUUCCCACAGGGGUAGGAAGAGAAAGUGCCCCCCUGAGCUCCCUGUGUGCUUUUGUGCUUGGCAGUACCAGGCCGUGGGUGCCUUCCCCAUGGCAAAGACAACUGCUUUGAACCCUGGCCCACAGCAGUGCAAGGGAGAGAGCCCAGCUCCAGCUGUGCCCCCACAGCUGUCUGACAGUGCUGAGGAGAAGAAACAACAGGACUUCUGCCUUGUCCCCUGCCCCAAACCAUGGAGCUUGAAGUGCUCUUCACUGGGACAAAUAAUGGGGUGUCAGCACCCACACAUUCCUUUGCACAUGUGGUGCCAGGCUGAGAACAGAGAACAGGCCACAGUGGAGACCUUUAAGGCUGAAGAGAAAGGCAGACCUAGCUAAAGGGAGAGGGAAUGGUAAAAGUUUUAGAAGCAGCAGUGGAAGAAGUACAACUGGAUGGUAACUUACAGCAGAACCAGCCUUCCCAGAUUCCUUUUGCUAUCCUGCCAGAGGGCAGGGGAGCAUUGCAGUUUGGGAAUAAAACACUCUAGGGCAGCAGAAGUCCCAGCAAUUCCACAGCCUUCAAUUUAGGGGGAAAAAAACCUGUUCAGUCAGCACUACCUCUGCCACAAUCUGCCUGCCUGAUGUUAGGUGGUAGGUAAGGGCAGAGAAAACACUUCCCAUGAGAGUGGCAACAGGCAAAUCCCCAAAUUCACUGGCCCUUGUUUUUGCACCACAGGAGGGGUCAGAACUAAACACUCCUGUGUUGGGCACAGAGUCUCUGUGCUUGGAGAUGCCCAAAAGCUGCCUGGACAUGGUCCUCACAGGCAACUCUUGGUGGCCCUGCUUGGGAAGAGUGUUUGGAGCAGGUGACCUCCAAAGUUCCCUCCAACCUCAGCCAUUCUGUGACUCUGGAAAAGCAGCUGGAUGCUGCUCUGUCCCACUGCCCAUCUCUGCUGCAGGGGCAAGGAGAAAAUGGGGCACCUGAAAGGAAGUGGGGAUGGCCCACAGUGUUCAUUGGAACACGGCUCCUUUCUUCAGAAAGGGCUGCAAGAGGGGAGGUCUAGUAGUUAGAAAUUCCAUAUUGCUAUUCUACCACUUCUGCUGCAGCUUUUCUGGAAGACUGGCAUUUAGG